ACCCCUGUCCUACAGGGUUAUCGAACCAACAAGUCAAGGGGUAGACUGAAGCUGUAAGGUCCCAUUAGGUUGUUACCGAUGCCGAGUGCAGUUCAAUAACAAUGACUGCUAUUUGGAUGAGAAAUAUACUGAACUAUGUUGACUCUGCUUUCGGAUAUCAGAAAAGUUGGACAAUAUGGGCAUAUGGUUUUUUGGCAAAAAAGCCAAUAUCAGACAUGCCGAGUCUAAACGCAAAAGGCCCAGUUGAACAUGCACACACCACACAUGGCAUCAUGUGACGUGUGCCUUCUCAUAGUUGAUGUUGUUACAGGACACGCAUUCCAGUAGGAUUUUGCAAGGCCUCUAAGGUGUGUGUGUGUGUGUGUGUAGCAGGGUGCUCUAAAUCAAAUCCAUCACACACCAUCCAUCAGUGACGCUCCCUGUCACUCCUCACUGUGGAAACUUCACACCGGUAGCAGUUGCGAAGGGGGUGGAGGGACCACCGACCGUGUCCCCAUUUAGAUGUUUUUAACCCUCCAGGGUCAUGGGUUUUAACCUUGACUUUCAACUUCCCCAUCAAGGGGCACUCACAGGUAAGAGGUCACAUCGACGUCUCUCAGAGCUCACGUUUUAUCGUACAAGCGUAUACUUGGCACCCCUGCACAUGAUAUCAAGAAGUGACUUAUUUAUUGUGCUUGGAGUUUGUAGGAGAGAUGUUUUUAAGAUGUUUGCCGCUCAGGGUUCCAGCUUGGGGUCAGUUUGUCAGAUGUUGGCUUGUCUUCAAAACCCGUUGUCAGGGCACCCAGAACGCCGUUUCCGUGUGGGGGAGAGGCUGAAACAAUAAAAUACUUUGAUGUAUCCACCUAAAAAAGAAUGGAAAAGCACACUCAACCUUUUUUUCCGUAAGUACCGCCUAUGGAAUAUUUUUGUAGCCUCGGCAGCGUGUGCCGUUACACCACCGGCGUAGUACCCCACUGGAGGGAUUUGAAGUUCCCCCAAGGGUACCAGUGUGUUGUUUUUAAGGACGUACUGUCCCAAAUGGCAUAACAAAGACAUCAAAUAACGGCAAAUAAAAUUUCAUGGUACAGGGAAGUUGUAGCCAACACCUUUCCUGACACAGAGCAAAUCUGUCUAGCAUGUAAGGGCAUUUAGAUCAACAAUACUAUCUGCCCCAAUGGCUGGACGGGACAAAAAAAAAAAAAAAAAAAAAAAAAAAAAAAAAGGACGUACUGUGAAAGUGCUAGUCAGAGAUUCCCAGUGUGACAGAAGCCGACCUACUGCAAAAUGAGUAAUUAGUAAUUAGUCGAUGAGUCCUUAUUAUUAAUGAUAGCACUCUGCUGCCAAAAUGUUAGGUGCCUCCGGGUUUUGAACCGAACCUGGCAUGUUGGUCUGACGUCAUUCGAGGGUCUCAUUUGGCCCGCAAGCCGCCCGUUGAAUUGAUCCGCCUUAACAACCGGACCGGCCUGUCACUCUCGACGAGCCCCCGCCCCGGCGCGCGGCUCACGGGAACUCCCCCUAAGUUCCCCCCGGCUCUCUCAUCUCUCUCUCCGGGCUCCGUCUCUCCAAACUGGCUGUCACACACCAACACGGCCACGGACACUCACUAGCAACGAGCCUCACUAGCCUCACGCGUGGGUUAGCGAACCUUCCGUUGCUUCUCCCCAGUAAACCGAGGGGCGGCUGUGCGGUUUGCGGGUCUGCGGCGGUCGUGACACGGCGAGGAAGGCGGAGGAAGGAGCGGUCGCCGGUGGAGGUUUGGAAAAGGACGAGGACGAAGGUGGCGUCCCCCUGCCAGAAAAGUACGACCCCCCCUCUGACACAUGGAUGACGGUCGUCUUGAGGAACCAGAGUGACAGAAGAACAUCCAGACGCAACAUAAGCUCGGAGGGAGCGAGAGGGCAGCGAGCCAUCUGUGGUGGCUCCCCUGCUAUCCUGCAGCUGCGUCGGAGUCAGCAAGUUCUACUUGGCUACCUUGGGACUUUUUUUCUAAAGAAGAAGGCAGCGGAGGAGAUAAAGGAUUCCUUACAGUCUUUCAUUGCCCAGGGGACCAGCCGGGUCCGGAGCAAUGCUAAAGCCUGGCUGGCUUUGGAUCGGACCCCAGGGGCUGCUUCUGUGGAGGCUAGGGUGCUAGCCCGGCUGCAUGUUCCGCUGUCGCCGUCAUUAGUGGAUAAUGAGCUGCUGCUAGGGAGGAAGCGGAGCAGGAGCCUGUGGAGAGAAAGGAGGAAGAACCUUGCAGCUGUUAUUAAGAAGCCAUAAGACUUUUCUUCUUCACACAAAUCUUUUUGUUUUGCGAUGGGACUGAUUCAUUUUCAUUUUGGAAAUCGUUGCUCUUCACGUGUUGAUUGCUUUUGUUUCAAGGCUGGAAAAUCGGAAUGAGGGGAGACUUUUAUCUGCAAGAUGAUUCUAUUUGACUUUUAGCUCCUUUUGCUACUUCCAUUUGUGGUUGUUGUUGUCUGGAUCUUUCUAUGCCUUGACGGCUCUGUUGCCAUGGCAGCAGCAUACCGUGUGGUGGUGAGCAGCGUGAGCUGCUACAACAGCGUGGUGGUGGACCGGCGCGCUCACUCCCAUGCCGUGCACUAUUGUUCAGGACCAUGUGGGGCGCUCUCCCGGGGCCUGGAAUGCACCGUGGCCCACCACGGCACCUGCUCCGAGCUGCUGGUUGCACCUGACUCACCCGUCCAGUGUCGGACGACCCAGCAUGGCAAACUCAGCACCGCGAUUGAGAGCGGUUAUAACUGCGGUGCGCUGGAGAGGGCCGGCAGCAGCAGCAAUUUGUCCGUAGGAGAGGACGGCAACAUGUGGCGAGGGAAGAAGACCCCGAGUGGUGGAGGAUCUACAGGGAACCUGAGUUGCUAUGGUAGCCUUAAGGACAUCACCGAGGAGGCCAUCAAUCUAGCCAGUGGUAAGCUCAAAGAGUUUUCCUUUGACAAGCUCCGCCUCUCUUCCUCCAGCCAGGUAACAUUUCGAAAAGGCCGCAAAGUACGACCCGACUCUUUGAGCCGUCGCUCCACCGAUCUGGAGAUAAUCUACGGCCACUUCAGUUCCAAUAUUUCCAGUAAUGGAACAGCAAAUAGCACCUCAACGCCCAAUGACGAGAACACGCCUCCGUUUGGGCUUGGCAAGGCAGCAGGACUCGAGGAGACCAGGUUGAAAGGCUCCCUGUCCACCAUUACCAAACUAAACGGCUCCACAAGCAUCAGCAGCGGCUCACUGGACCAGACUGUGAACACGGUGGCCUCGCUUUACCGCAACACCUUAGGAGAAGAGAACCUGAUUGCCCGCUUGCUGGAGAAGACUUGGGGGGAGGCGGGUGCCGGUGGUGCCGGUGGGGAGGACAUCCGAGCCUGCCUUGACAUCCUGCUCAAAUGCUCCGAAGACCUGAAGAAAUGCACCGACAUCAUCAAGCAGUGUAUCCGACGCAAAGCUGGCGGAGGGCCUCAGGAUGACGGAGCCAGUCCGGACAGCGUGUACCGGGCGUUGAUGACCAGACUGAGCACGUACUUGAAGAGACUUCCCUUGGAACUGGAGGGGUUUGGAGGCAGUGGGCAGCCUGGUCAGAGUCCACAUGGCAGCGGGCACGGAGAUCUGGUGGAACUGAUGAACAGUCUCCACACCCUCCAGCAGGCGCCCUUCUCGCCCAUAUUUGGCAAUGAGCAACCUCCUCGUUACGAGGAUGUGGUCCAGUCGCCUCCCAUCCCAAAGACUACUACUCAUCCUGGAACAUCUGCUCCCUCAUCUGUUCCAUUAUCAUCCCGUCCUCACAGCUCCCCAUCCAAAUCUCUGGGCCUUUCCAACGGACUCCAACAUUCACAUCCUUUACCAUCCAUCUCACGCCACAGCCUGUCUCCUACGUCUGUCAUGAGUUCCUCUCCCUCUCCAACACACUCGCCGUCCCCUCUACGCCUGUCCCCCACCCCACCAUACAGCCAUACCCCUCCGGGGUCCCCUAUGGAGGCGCUGUACAUUGAGGAGGAAGAUGCCGAUAUGGGUAAAAUGUCAGAAGAAAUAUCUCCACAGACCGUUUUAGGUCAACCUGUGCAUCAACCGCAGCUGGACUCAGCCAACCCUGCAAGGCCCACGUCCUCCAGAACUGCAGCACAUAGAAAUGAUGAUAUCGACAAACUCCUCAUGGAUCUGGAGAAUCUGUCCCAGAGCAUGAGCAACCCCAGAAGCACAGAGCCCCCCCUUCCAGUCAAAACCAGAAAACGAGGCCAAGGCGUUGUGUCCACAGAAACCACCGCUCAGACUAAAACGCCCCAGUUCCAAGUCCGAACCCCUGCUAGCAACCUAUUUGUGAAUGGCACCGGUGCCAAGGCUCCCCAAGGAGAUAACGCUCCAGCAGGUGAGGAGGAAGAGGAUGGGGCCCUGCUACUGAGAAUCCUGGAGAGCAUUGAGAGUUUUGCCCAGGAGCUGGUGGACUCUGGGGCAGGGAGCACGGGGAGCGCCGAGAGGAGCAGCGGGAAGGAAAGGGAAGUGAUGAGGCUCCUGCAAGACACGUUGGCUACCACCGGGAGGGCCGAAACCCCGGUGGAGACCACCAAUGUCCCAACGUCUCUUACUGACAAUCAUGUACCAGUAUCAGUUCCAGCCAUACCCCCAAAACUCUCUGCACGCACGCCUACGCCAACACCUAAAACUGAAACCUGCACUGCUUCACUGGCAUCUAAACCUACAUCUGAGACCACCUCCACAUCUGCACCUGCGACCCCAGAGUCAGCCGAUGUGGUCUCAGCCGCUUCCAUAGUGGAUCCCAAACUUAUCUCCUCACCUGCGACCUCGCAGACCUUCACGCAUUCUGCCGAGCCAACACCUGACGCCUCGCUUGAAGCUAUGCCCGUUGGUUCCAGCCCACCUGGGGUUGCUGAGCCAGAUCCUGUGGACCUUGCAAUGCUGAGAGAGACUGGGUCAACCCUCCUCAUCCAGCAGAGUCCCGAGGUGAUCAGGGUCCAGUCCAAACCGGAGAAGAAACCCGGUACGCCGCCCCCGGCCCCUUCACAGGCCCCCACUGUCCCCCACGGCCCCGCACAACGCUCACCAAGCCCGCCGCCCGCUCCGGUGGUCGUCACCCCUUCGUGUCCUCCUCCACCUCCUCCUACCGCCAUCAACAUUCCAAGGUUCUACUACCCCCGCGGGGUCCCCGUCGCCGGCCCAGACGCCAACCACGAUGCCGCCAUCGCCGUCGUGGAAGCGGCCUUCGCAGAGUUUGAGGAGGAGAAGGCCGAUAUUUACGAGAUGAGCAAGAUCGCCAAGGCGUGCGACUGCCCGCUCUACUGGAAGGCCCCCAUGUUCUACGCGGCAGGCGGCGAGAGGACCGGCUUUGUCUCCGUCCACUCCUUCAUCGCCACGUGGAGGAAGUUGCUGCACGGUUGCCAUGACGACGCCUCCAGGUUUAUUUACAUGCUUGCCAAACCUGGCUGUCACUUCCUGGAGCAAGAAGACUUCAUUCCUCUGCUUCAGGACAUCGUGGAUACGCAUCCCGGACUCACCUUCCUGAAGGACGCACCUGAGUUUCAUUCCCGCUACAUCACAACGGUUAUCCAGCGGAUAUUCUACAUGGUGAACCGCUCGUGGACGGGCCGUAUCUCCAUGACGGAGCUGCGACGGAGCAACUUCCUGGAGACGCUGGCCCUGCUGGAGGAGGAAGACGACAUCAAUCAGAUCACCGACUACUUCUCCUACGAGCACUUCUACGUCAUCUACUGCAAGUUCUGGGAGCUGGACACCGACCAUGACCUCUACAUCGACCACAAGGACCUGGCCCGCUACAACGACCACGCGUCCUCAAACAGAAUCAUGGAGAGGUUGUUUUCCGGUGCUGUGACCCGGGGCAACGCUGUGCAGAGAGAAGGCCGCAUGAGCUACGCCGAGUUUGUGUGGUUCCUCAUCUCUGAGGAGGACAAGAAGAACCCCACCAGUAUCGAAUACUGGUUCCGCUGCAUGGACAGAGACGGCGACGGCGUCCUGUCCAUGUUUGAGUUGGAGUACUUCUACGAGGAGCAGUGUGAGCGAAUGGAGCACAUGGGCAUCGAACCGCUGCCCUUCCAGGACCUGCUGUGCCAGAUGCUAGACCUGGUCAAACCCGAGAGUCCAGGGAAAAUAAGCCUGGGCGACUUGAAGCGCUGCCGGAUGGCUCACAUCUUCUUCGACACGUUCUUCAACCUGGAGAAGUACUUGGACCACGAACAGAGAGACCCCUUCGCUGUGCAGAAGGACCUGGAUGGUGACGGUCCGGAGCCAUCCGACUGGGACAAAUACGCCUCGGAGGAGUACGAGAUCCUGGUGGCGGAGGAGACGGCCAACGAGCAACUCCAUGAUGGGUCCUUUGAGGACGACUAUGACGUGGACGACCUUCAGGUCCCGGCAGAGAUUGGGAAUAAGAUGGGAAAACUGGUCAUUUCCGAUCUGUCCGCAUGAGAUUCUAAUUGAGGCGCCUUUUGGGGAUGGAUGCUUCCCAAAUGGAACAUAAAAACAAUAAAGGAUUCCGGCAUCCGUUCGAGGACGAAAAGGAUCGCUCAAACACAAAAAAAGCUCCACAGGGUUGAAUGUAAAACCAUUUUUUGUCCUAAAACUUUACGACAAUCGUGCGCAGAGACAAUCACAAGACCCAAGGAACGCAAAGGAACUUUAGUAAAAGCUCAAAUGCCUUCGGGGGGCUUCGGUCUGCUUGGAAAGGCACCCCCCCCCCCCCCGUGGACACGUUUGCUCCUACAAGCCAAGCACCAAAACCAGCACACCCCAUUCAGGUCUUGGUGCAGCAUCAUCUGGAAACUUCUACCGGCGCUGCGUGACGUGUUGGUGUGAAAUAUCAGCAUCAAACUCUCUGGUAGAGUUGCCAGUUUCUAUUCAUAACGCAAUAAUGACCAUAUUUAUCUUUAGAACCACUUAUUGGAGAACAAAGCACCGUGGAUCAUUUAUGCUAGCUAGACAACACAGUGGAACCUCCCUUUUUUACUCCAAGAUCUCCCCACGGUUGAUCCCAUUGUUGGAAUUAUUCCUUCUUUUUGGUGAAGGAUUUUUCACCAAUUUCCCCGACUGGCAACACGCCGUUGUUUGUGUUUGUCCCUCAAAUGCUAACAAGUGUGUGUCUCCACACUUGAUCCACUUGGUGCAUGCAGUCCACACGGUAACGCUGUCAUAGAUGCCUUCAUCCCUUCCGUGGACGUAACACAACGUGGAGGACACAAACGUUAGCAUCACUAGCAUAGCCUUGUGAUGCUAACGUGCGCAAAACAUUUCUGGCACAUUUGAACAGCAGCAUCAUGCUAAGUUCGUCUGUUCACUGACAAAAAACUAACUGGGGGAUAGAUAGCUUUUAUUUUAAGAUGUGUAGUGAAGCCUGCCUCUUUUAUUUUAGCAUUUUAACUGCAACGAUGCUAUGUUACGUUGCAAAAUAGCCGUAAUUUGCUGAAGAAAAACGGCCUCAUCAAACUGAGGCUAACUGACGAUUAGUUAGAUUAGUGUGGUGCUUUUUUUUACAUAACAGAGCUCCGGGCGCCAUUUUCAUUUUAAGAUGUGUAGCAAAGCCUGGGGAAGGAGUUCUACCGAGCAUUUGAGGCCUUCCUCUUCCAAAAGCGGCUUCGGGGAACACAGUACUUCAAAAGUCACUUUGGUAUAUUUGGGUUACAUUUUAAGCGCCAUACAAGCGUAAAAAGAAGCUAACCAGCAGCAAUAAAGCACGAUAAAGCUAGCAGCAUAGGUGGACCCUGCUUUGGGCGGCUCGGCAUGUUUAUGUUCCUGUAAUGGGGAGGUUCCACUGUUUUGCCAAUGUGUUAUAUAAGUGUUAUUUAUUAGUUUUUUGUGUGUUUUUCUUCCACUUUUUAAAGAUGAUUGCAUUUCACACUCAAGGGGGGGGGGGCACUUCCUUUGGUAGAACUGCACUUUCUUCAUCCAGCCACAACCACCAUAAUCAGCAUUUUGUUUAUUAAUAGUAUUAUUAUCUCUAUCUCUAUCCACCAUAAAGUGUCCAGGAUGUGCGACAGCAACAAAAAUGUUGUAUUUGAUGUCCGCAGGUGAACACAAAUGAUGUAAAUAUCCCUUUUAUGGCCGUGCAAAGACCACAAAACCAAUGAUGGAGGAGAUGGAGAGAUAGCGUCGCUGAAAAAAAGAGAAAUGCACGAGUGAGCUUGAUUGACAUGUGCAUGUGUUUUGAAAAGGGACAGGAGUGUGUUGUUUUUUAGCCACGUAGCCGCUGUAAAUGUGCCUGGCUGUCUUUUUAUUAUUAGAAUAAUAACAGCAUAAUAAUAAUAAUAAUAAUAAUAACUCAUUGUACAUGUUUUUCUAUGACACUUUCUAUCGGGGUGCCACUGUGUGGCUUGGGGGGGGUCAGUUAAAUGAUGUCCUGUGUGUGUGCGUGUGCGAUUAAAGGGACUGUCCUGCCUAACCGACAAUCACUCGGACACAUUGUCACAAAAGAGGCUUUUAUUUUGAAACCCCUGUGACAGAAAGUGAGCAGGCUUGAGUUUCCUGCCAUUAAUGCCGACUGUAAAAGCAUGUUUGCUUGGAUUUCUUUUUGUGUCCCCCAUUUCUUCUUCACUGGCAUCGAACGCUUUUGUCUGAAGCUUCCGAUGUUUCAAUAAAAAUG